GAUGGUGGGAAAUGUAGUUAUGUGUAACAUACACUUUGACUGAGUUGGAAUGAAUAUAAAAUGGUUCAACUGAAACAGGAGGUCAAAACAAAAGACUGCCUAUCCGAGGGACACCAGCCAUCAUCAAGGAUACAAAGAAACAAGAAGCCGAUGGAAAACAUAUACUGUUUAUCUUGAGUCACACCAUAUUAGCUUAUAUAAUGCCCUAAAGGCACAGAAGUGGGAAUUUUAAAAGUAAACAGAAAUGUCUAUCACUAAAUUCUGCUUCUUCCCUGCCUAAGCAAGUCCUGUCUGACUCUGGCAUCACAACUGAGAAGAAUGGGAUAAGUGACACUUUUAAUAAUAAUUUUAUCUCUGCAGUCUUUUUAUUUGAGAGAAACGGUGGUGUAGUUGACCCUGGUCAGUCAAUCGACAGCUCUUCCCUCUGCCAGCCUCUAGCGGACUCAACGGUUAACCCAUCAACUUCUAGUGAAACUUUAUUUUCAUUUCUCUCAAUUCACUAUCUCUGAUGUGCUAGACGACUUAAUUAAGAUUGGUGUAAAAUAAAUGUAGAAUAAUACACUGUGGCUGAUAUGCUUGAUCCAUUUUUGCUGCAGCUCUCUGCCCCCCUGAUUGCUGAAUCUUUAACCCAUAUUUUAACCUGAUGAUUAUAUCUGGUACUAUCCCCAACGUUUGGAAGGUAUCCACUCCACAAAGGUGGUGACCCUUGUGACCUAAAUAAUUAUCGGCCUAUUUGUAAACUUUCUGGCCCAGCUAUGUACACUAUACAGUGCAUUCGGAAAGUAGUCAGACCCCUUGACUUUUUCCACAUUUUGUUAUGUUAAGGAUGUAUUCUAAAAUGUAUUCAAUUGUUUUUUCCCUUCAUCAAUCUACACACAAUACCGUAUAAUGACAAAGCAAAAAUAGUUUGGGAUUUUUUUUGUAUCAAAUGUAUUCAAAAUAAACAACUGAAAUAUCACAUUUGCUCAAUCCCAUAGGCCGAAGCACAAUUGGCCCAGCGUCGUCCGGGCUAGGGGAGGGUUUGGCUGGGGUAGGCCGUCAUUGUAAAAUAAGAAUUUGUUCUUAACUGGCUUGCCUAGAUAAAUAAAGGUUAAAGCUUUGGUAGCGAUUACAGCAUUGAGUCUUCUUGGGUAUAACGCUACAAGCUUGGCACACCUAUAUUUGGAGUUUCUCCCAUUCUUCUCUGCAGAUCCUCUCAAGCUCUGUCAGGAUGGAUGGAGAGCUUUGCUGCACAGCUAUUUUCAGGUCUCUCCAGAGAUGUUAGUCCGAGCUCAGGCUGAGCCACUCAAGGACAUUCCAACUUGUCCCGAAGCCACUCCUGCAUUGUCUUGGCUGUGUGCUUAGGGUUGUUGUCCUGUUGGAAGGUGAACCUUCACCCCAGUCUGAAGUCCUGAGCACUCUGGAGCAGGUUUUCAGCAAGGAUCUCUCUGUACUUUGCUCAGUUCAUCUUUCCCUCGAUCCCGACUAGUCUCCAAGUCCCUGCCACUGAAAAACAUCCCCACAGCAUGAUGCAGCCACCACCAUGAUUUACAGUAGGGAUGGUGCCAGGUUCUCCAGACAUGACGCUUGGCAUUCAGGCCAAAGAGUUCAAUCUUGGUUUCAUCAGACCAGAGAAUCUUGUUUCUCAUGGUCUGAGAGUCCAUUAGGUGCCUUUUGGCAAACUCCAAGCGGGCUGUCAUGUUACUUUUACUGAGGAGUGGCUUCCGUCUGGCCACUCUACCAUAAAGGCCUGAUUGUUGGAGUGCUGCAGAGAUGGUUUUCCUUCUAGAAUGUUCUCCCAUCUCCACAGAGGAACUCUGGAGCUCUGUCAGAGUGACCAUUGGGUUCUUGGUCACCUCUCUGACCAAGGCCCUUCUCCCCCGAUUGCUAAGUUUGGGCAUGCAGCCAGCUCUAGGAAGAGUCUUAGUGGUUCCAAACUUCUUCCAUUUAAGAAUGGAGGCCACUGUGUUCUUGGGGACCUUCAAUGCCGCAGAAAUGUUUUGGUACCCUUCCCCAGAUCUGUGCCUUGACACAAUCCUGUGUCGGAGCUCUACGGACAAUUUCUUCGACCUUAUGGCUUAGUUUAUGCUCUGACAUGCACUGUCAACUGUGGGACCUUAUAUAGACAGGUGUGUGCCUUUCCAAAUCAUGUCCAAUCAAUUGAAUUUACCACAGGUGGACUCCAAUCAAGUUAUAGAAACAUCUCAAGGAUGAUCAAUGGAAACAAGAGCUCAAUUUCGAGUCUCAUAUCAAAGGGUCUGAAUACUUAUGUUAAUAACGUAUUUCUGUUUUUUAUUUUUUGUAAAUUUGGGAAAUAUUGUAAUACCUGUUUUUGCUUUGUCAUUAUGGGGUAUUGUGUGUAGAUUGAUGAGGAAAAACAUUACAUUUAAUCCAUUUUAGAUUAAGGCUGUAAAGUAACAACAUUUUGAAACAGUCACUGUAGGCACUGUAUGCUGCUGUUACUGUUUAUUAUCUAUCCUGUUGCCUAGUCACUUUAUCCCGACUAUAUGUACAUAUCUACCCCAAUUACCUCGUACCCCUGCACAUCGACUCGGUACUGGUACCCUGUGUAUACAGCGGAGUUAUCGUUACGUGCAUUUAUUCCUUGUGUUAUUACUUUUCUAUUAUACAUACUUUUUUCUCUCUCUGUAUUUUUGGGAAGGGCCCGUAAAGUAAGCAUUUCUAUGUUGUUUACAAAGCAUGCAACAAAUACAUUUUGAUUUGAACUGCAUUUAAAAAUCUAAAUUUCUUAGAUUUUUCACAGAGCUUGUAAUGCGUUUUAAGCAUUGUUAUGGACUUAGAACAUCCAAUUUGGUUGUUUUAUAUAAAAAAGUGUGACUUUGAGAGAAAAACCUGAAAAUUUUGAAAAAAUCUGAAACCUGUGAUUUUCUGACUCUGUUGACAGCCUCAUUCGUCUGUUUCAAUAGUAGGCUUGCUGUUAGCCUACUUGCACAGUACAGCUUGGAUUGGCUUGACUGUGAAAGACCACUUUCAUUGGUUUUAUAAUUUUAGGUAAUCCAGAGUGUAUGUCAAUGUUUCUCACAAAAUCUUUCAAACAGCGUGCCUUUCCUUCACCGGGCAGGUUGAUUGGGAAAUUUUGGACAAAAUUAUAGUAUACCCACUUCUCCAGGCACCACUACACCAAUACUCCCCUAGUUUGUUUUUUUAAACUAAUAAAUCAAAGGGAAAUCUGAGGACUAUACCAUUUUAGAACCUUGGAUGUCACAGACAACGUGGUCUCAGAGCAUUUCGUAUUAUUCUGUAUGUAAAUCAGAGACAUUACAUUUUGUAUGGUAUGUAUUAGUCCUUCAUCCACUUUGUAUGAUAUGUUACAAAUUGCAAUUCGUAUGAUAAAUGAUGUAUUACAAUUCAUACACUAUGUGCAAUAAUUUAAUUUACCCUUGCACUCUUUCUAAACAAUGCACACAUUUUUUUUUGAAUGGCAACGUGUAAAGUCUACCAAACGCAGUGCACUCUGUUUUUUAACUGAUUCUAGUUUUGGUAACAAAAAAGUAUACGGAGAUAAAAUGUUUCACAGAUUAGAGAAUUAGCAGAAUGUCGGCAAAAAUCCAUAUGGUUCAUCUAUUCCCACUCCCGGCAACUGGACUUCCUCUCGUCACCAUAUUUGACAGUGAGUGGAAACGCCAACCGUAUGCUUAACAUUUAUACAUCCGGUUACAUAUCGGGCUCAUUGUUCAAUGUGGUUUAUCCGUGUAGCUAGUCUGGCUCUCUACUGGCCCCCUUUGGCUUAAAAUUGCUUUACACACUUUAGGUCUAGUCGAGGAAGAGGUUGAGUUGAGUUCUAGCACGAAAUUUAACACAAUUUUUCGAUUACCCCUGGGGUUGUAUUUUAACUAAAUAAACUAUGGUCUGACAUCAAACAUACUGAUAGGCCUACAGCUCCAAUUGUCUAACAAUUGUCAAUAUUUGGUUGGAACUUUAAACACGUCCAAUUGUUUCCACCCGUAGGAGUUAAUUGGUAGAAAUGUUUGAAUUGUAUACAAACCAGAAAACCACAUUUCUAUCUGUGAAUUGUGUUGCUAAUUAGCCAGCAUGAGGGCAUUCAAAUAACAUACUCCGCUCAAAAGGUGAGAUGGCAGCAUCGGGGCUGGACGAUUUGAAUUUUUACAAUGAAAGCGAUAACCGUCACGCGCCAGUCAGGCUCCGGCAGCGCAGGCGAUGAAGUUUACCACUGUGGGUGGGGUGCCUGGAAGCUCCGCGACUCUUUCCUUAUCAGAUGACAAUAGACUCGUUUGUGUGAAAUAUCAAGGGAUUAUCUCCAAUGUGGAAAAUAUGUUGGAAACUAUUGGGGGUAUACAAGGGACCUAUACUGACCCCAGCAGGCGGUUGGAGCUGCGCUUUCGCUUUCGUUCCAAGGACCCGUUCUGCCACCCUGUCUUUGGAAAUCGUUUCCAAUCCACCAACCUGCUGCUGCACGUGAAAAUUAUUUUGCGCAACGGCAACCCCGAGGAAUCUCCAAUCAACAUGGACAUCCUGGAUGUCAUUGGGACAACAUACAAAUUCCAAGGGAUGGCUGACUUCCAGUAUCUUGCGGACGGCUCGCAUACAUCCCUCUACAAUAAGAUACUCUUGCGUAAACCAGAGAAUAAUGAGUUAUUUGAGCAGCCUGUGCCCCUCUUCAUUCCUCCACCCAUCUUCUCUCGCCUGGACAGUGCUGUGGACUACAGUUACCAACCUGAAAUCCAACACAAAGAAGGCUAUUGUCCCCCGACAGUAUCCAGGAAUAAUCUGAUUGGUUUGAGUCGAGCCCGUCGGCCUCACAACGCCAUCUUCCUCAACUUUGACGACAAGAAUGUCCCCACGGAGCCCCUGGAGGCUGCCAAGUCCAACUGGAAGAGGGUGUGUGUUCACCCCAGUAACAUAAAGGCAAAGGAACAAAUUAAUAAGAUGUUUGAGAGCCGGCCCAUCUGGUCCCGGAACUCGGUCAAGGCCAACCUGGACAUCCACCCUGAUAAACUGAAGCUGCUGCUCUCUAUCGUGUCCUACUACAUGCUGAGGAGAUGUAGACCGCCAGUGUUAUUCAAAGUCGGGGUUAUUGGGAAUUGCAAUGGUGUCACCAUGCCCCUGGAGGAGCCUCUGGGUGAGGUUUGGCUACGAUCCUCGCAAGACAACAGAGGCCAAGAAACACCAGGUGCUGGACUUCAAGAUCCGCUGCAGUACCAAGCACGGAUAUACUAUAAAUGACAUGCCAGUGAAGGCCAAGAGGAGCACGUUCAACUAUACCCUGCCAAUCACACUCAACAAAGCAAGUGUGUGUGAGACUGUGUGUGUCUUAGUGAUG